AUGGGGCCAAAGACCAACCUUGACCUGGUGAACGAAUGCGACAACUUUCCAUACUUCGACUCGAGCAACCCUGAAGCAUACCAGGCAAUUCUACAGAAUUACUACCGCUUUACGUUGGAAGGAUACGAGGCAUGUUUGGGUUAUGUCCCUUCCAGCAUCGCUCAGAAAUUGCCCAUGACGACCCACUGGCGGCGGGAUGACAGCGCGAGGCGGCUGAUUUUCCAGCCCCGGGACGCCAAUGGUGCACCAGUCCAGGACCUGGAGGGGAGAAACAAGGUUCUGGAAGAGUAUCUCUUGUAUCUCCGGGAGACCAGGCUCUUUCGAGUCCUGGAUGGUUGGCGAAGCGAGCUUUACCCCAUAUACGGACGAAACAAAGAACUUUUGCUGAACAUGGAACGCUCUGCGUCGCCGCUUUUCGGUAUAGUCACGUAUGGUGUUCAUUUGACGGGCUAUGUGAUGACGGACGAGGGCAUGAAGUUAUGGACGCCCCGCCGUUCCUCAACCAAGCAAACGUACCCUGGCAUGAUGGACAACACCGUGGCCGGUGGCAUAAGCACCGGAGAGAAACCCUUUGAGUGUUUGGUGAGAGAAUGCGAGGAGGAAGCCUCGCUGCCCGCGGAGAUUGCCCGGUCGUCCAAGCCAUGUGGCACCCUAACGUACUUCCAUCUCCGGGACGCCAGAGCUGGCGGCGAGACGGGACUCUGUCAACCCGAGGUCCAGUAUAUCUACGACCUCGAAAUGCCACUGGACGUCAUUCCCCAGCCCGGAGAUGACGAAGCCAUCGACUUCCAGCUAUUGACCGUGGCCGAAGUCCAGAAGGCAAUGGCUGACGGAAGGUUCAAGCCAAACUGUGCACAUCUCCUGCUGGAUUUUUUCGUGCGCCACGGCAUUUUGAGCGCCGAUAACGAGCCCGAUUAUGUCGAAAUCGUGUCCAGACUCCACAGAAAGUUGGAAUUUCCAACAGCCUGA